GGGGACCGAUUGCGCUGCAACACUUCAGCGUCGGAGCUCACAUCUCGCAUGAAUGGAAUGAUAUUAUUGGUUAAAGCCUCGACUUAGGAAUGGAAACUGGAUGUCACAAAUUUCAGAGUUAACAUUUUGAGUCGGUGUCUGUCGAUGUAACGAGGGGACGCUUUGCCCUUUAGAUUCAACUUUAAAGAGCUCUCUGUUCGUUUGUGUACAGAGCGGAAGCUAAGUAGCUGCUAGCCUCAGACUACAGGCUUCACGGCGUUGACUUAGCCUGCUAGUCAUCCCUGCUUCAGGAUCAUAGACCAACAACAACAAAAAACAGAGCAAAGAUGGUUGAAACUAUAUUUGACCUCCCCGUGGAGAAGCAGAUAUUUUAUGCUGUGUUGGGGUUUUCGUGGACAGUGUAUCUCUGGGAGGCUUACCUUUCUUACAGACAAAGGAGCAUAUACAGAUUGACAACGAACGUGCCACAGGAGCUCGGCAAGAUUAUGGAUUCUGAAACAUUUGAGAAGUCGCGUCUUUAUCAGCUGGAUAAAAGCAACUUCAGCUUUUGGUCUGGACUCUACUCCGAGACUGAAGGGACGUUGAUCCUGCUCCUGGGUGGAAUCCCGUUUCUGUGGGGCGUCGCUGGUUCUUUGAUGACUCGCUUCGGAUUGGGCUCUGAGUACGAGAUCACCCAGUCACUUGUGUUUCUGACGCUUGCCACCCUGUUCAGCGCCUUCACCGGACUCCCCUGGAGUUUGUACAACACGUUCGUCAUUGAAGAGAAGCACGGCUUUAAUCAGCAGACGAUAGGCUUCUUUCUGAAGGAUGCUGUGAAGAAGUUCGUUGUGACCCAGUGUAUCCUGCUGCCCGUCACCUCACUGCUCCUGUACAUCAUCAAGAUCGGUGGGGACUACUUCUUCAUCUACGCCUGGCUCUUCACCCUGGCGGUGUCUCUGGUACUUGUGACUAUCUAUGCGGACUACAUCGCUCCCCUCUUUGAUAAGUUCACUCCUCUGCCAGAAGGAGAGCUGAAGACCGAUAUCGAGUCCAUGGCCAAGAGUAUAAGCUUCCCCCUCACUAAGGUGUAUGUAGUUGAAGGUUCCAAGCGUUCGUCACACAGCAAUGCAUACUUUUACGGGUUCUUUAAAAACAAACGCAUUGUGCUGUUUGACACUCUGCUGGAAGACUACUCGCCUCUGAACAAGACCGGAGAGCCUCAGACGGAGCAGCCAGAGGCCGAGGACGCAUCGAGCGAAUCAAAAGCCAAGCCCAAGAACAAGAAGCAAGGAUGCAACAACCCAGAGAUCCUUGCAGUCCUGGGUCAUGAGCUCGGCCACUGGAAGCUCGGCCACACCGUGAAGAACAUCGUCAUCAGUCAGAUGAAUUCCUUCUUGUGCUUCUCCCUGUUCGCUGUCCUGAUUGGACGUAAGGAACUGUUUGUUGCUUUCGGCUUCAAUGACAGCCAACCCACAUUAAUAGGCUUGAUGAUUAUCUUCCAGUUCAUCUUCUCCCCCUACAAUGAGCUCCUGUCCUUCUGUCUGACCGUCCUGAGUCGCAGGUUUGAGUUCCAGGCCGAUGCCUUUGCUCGCGCCAUGGGCAAAGCCUCUGAACUAUACUCCGCACUCAUCAAGCUCAACAAGGACAACCUGGGCUUCCCUGUGGCCGACUGGUUGUUCUCCAUGUGGCACUAUUCCCACCCUCCCCUCCUGGAGCGCCUCAGAGCGCUGGGCAGCAUCAAGCAGGACUGACGGGGCUGGAAGGGGGAGGAGCCAGCGCUGCCUCCUCCAAAGGGCCUCCGCAGACCGCUACUGGCCCUCUGAUGCACCCUAGUUUUCUUUUUUUUUUUUUUGUCUUACCUACCACCCCCUUUAUUUUUUUAAUCUUCUUUGAUUAAUUACUCUGCUUGCCAUAUUUUUCAUACUUUCCUCUCUGUUCCCUUUUGAAACUUUAUUUUAAACAAAACCAAAACAUAUCAGCACAAGCCAGCCUAAAAAAAAAAACCCUUCAAUUAAAGACUCGAGAGAUGCCUUACAUGCACUCACUGAAAGCUCCUGGGCAAUGUGUGUUUAGCAAGAGCUAUUGUCAGAGCACAGGUCACAUUUAUGCAGAUUGAGUUGAGGUUUAUUUUUUUAAUUCUUUUUUAUUUCUGGGCAAUUUGAUUAUAAAUUUAUUCUAUGAAAAAAAGGAAUUUCCCAUUUCAAAUCUGAAAUAAUUCUAACAGAUUUCCGUACUUUCUGUUGUGGUGUUUACAUGACACAAAUGUUAAAGGGACUAGAGUAUUUUUUUAAAAACUUAACUUAGUUAAUCCAACAGUAAAACAAGUUUUUACUUACUGCAGAUGCUCAUGACAAGGCUUUUUGCAGAUACACAGGCCAGACUGUGAUUCUCCUCUAAGGUGAAUCUGUUGCUAUGGAAAUAUUUUCAGGUGAGCUCAAUAGUAAAAACAUCUGUUUUGUCAAAUUCACAGUUUUGCAAAAGAAACAAAAAUACUUUGUCACUGGGGCAAAAUUCAGGGCCUUUUACCAUUUCUGUUUUAGUUCAGAUAAUGGACGCAUGAUGACCAGAGCAGUGCGGAUAAUUUUAUUUUAAUUUAGGCUAGACUUGUGAUUUUCAUUUUUUACUUGCAGUUGGGGGGGAGGGCUUGUUUUACUUUUUUUCUUAAGCAGUUUCCAACCAUACCUGUACAUAUGUAACAUUAAUGAAAAAGAGAAAUGGCAUAUGAUGUGACUUGUGAAAAAUGUUGAACGUGGUUUGAAAUUUUAAGUUGAACAAUGUUUCUUAGUUUCUUCUCUUGGUUUUGGGCUGAGUGAGCCCAGAGUUGCCUGACAAGCAAAAUAUUCAUAGGAAAAUUGGGGAAUGAUGUCUGCGAGGUUCCUUUCACCACUUAAGUCAGUGCUUGGUUUGUUCAAUGAGGGAACUGUGUACCGUCUUUGCAGCAAUGAAUAAAAAUCCUUCAAAGCA